UGCACCUUUGGGAGAGGAAAGAAAUGGCUUCAGCCAUCUCUGCAUGGAGAUGUGGAUGUUCCACCACAGGGACAGGGCUUGGAAAGGUGCUGGGGAACAGAGAUGUGAUCCCUUCUUGGUGCAGCUGAUCCUGACCAGUCACAGAGGGCACAGAGGAUGGAUGGGUUCCAGCAGCUCAGCCUUGGACCCUGCCAUGUCCUUGGCUUGACAAGGUCUUGGCUUGCUAGUGAUGGACAGCAUCUCUCCUUCCCCUUCCCCCUUCUCUGCCAGCUGCCCCACGGAGCAGCCUGACAACGCCACUGACCAUGACUACUACUCCGGCCUGCAGAAGGCCAUGCACAUCCUCUCCAUGGUGGUGUACAGCAUCGCCUGUUUGCUGGGGGUGACAGGGAACGGCCUCGUCAUUUGGAUUGCUGGCUUCAAGAUGAAGAAAACAGUGAAUUCCAUCUGGUUCCUCAACCUGGCCAUAGCUGACUUCAUCUUUACCUUUUUCCUGCCCCUCAGCAUCGCCUACACUGCUCUGGGCUUCCACUGGCCGUUUGGGAAGCUGCUGUGCAAGCUGAACAGCACCAUGGCCUUCCUCAACAUGUUUGCCAGCGUCUUCCUCCUGACGGUGAUCAGCAUCGAUCGCUGCGUUUCUGUGGCCUUCCCCGUCUGGUCUCACAACCGCAGGAGCCCGGAACUGGCGGCCAGGAUCGCGCUGGGGACGUGGGUCCUGGCUGUCCUGCUCAGCUCCCCGUACCUCGUCUUUCGGGACACCGUGGUCAGUUCCAGGAACGUCACCAGCUGUUACAAUAAUUUCGCUCUGUCUGACGAUUACACGUCGGAGGCAACGCGCAGGCUGUGGAGGAUGCGGCACAAAGCGAUGAUCGUCACGCGGUUCUUAUGCGGGUUCCUCAUCCCCUUCAUGGUGAUUCUCAUCUGCUACAGUGCCGUGGCUGUCAAGCUGAAAAGAAGGCAAUUGGCCAACUCUGCAAAGCCCUACAGAAUCAUCAUUGCUGUCACAGUCUCGUUUUUCCUCUGUUACUUCCCAUAUCACGUCUUCUCCUUGCUGGAAAUAUCCAACAACUCUUCCAGCCAUGAGAUGAAAUUGGCCCUUUACAUAGGUAUCCCCUUGGUUUCCAGCCUUGCUUUCUUCAACAGCUGCAUCAACCCCAUCCUGUACGUCUUUGCGGGGCCGGAUUUCAAGGAGAAGUUUCGCCAGUCCAUCCUGUCCACCUUUGAAGGGGCCCUCAGUGAGGAGUCGGUCCUGGGCAGCCUGACCAGCCGGCGCAAGUCCAGGUCUGCUUCGGAAGUGGAGGUCCCGAGGGUCUGAGCAGGUGCUGAUGUGGAAGGGGCCGUUCUUUCCUCUGCAUUUUCCCUCAUUUCAGAGCUCAAAUCAUGGGACUGGGGACUGCGAGGGGCUACCCACGGUAGCGAGGUGUGAUUUCAUGUUUUGGAGAUGUCUCAAAUACAUUGUGAUUUAACACACUAUGGGGAUGGAAGAGCUCUCUGGAGCUGCAGCAAGGUGGAUCAAAGCAGCAGCAUUUUACUCCUUGUGCCUUUUGACUCUUAUGAAUAGAACCUUUAUAGAAAGAGGAUUAAAUGUAUGGCUGUAUGUAUUUUUGUAAGGAAUGGAAUAGUGACUAAGACACACUUUUCUCUCCUCAGACAGGACAAAUCAGUGGUUGUGCUGCUGUUACUCAGAUCUGAUGUAUUUCUGAACAAUGCUAAUCUCUGUUUGUGUUUGACAUGCUCCCAGCCCUUAAAUAGCAGAGAUCUGAUAUUUUGUGCUGUUGGUGAAUGAAUACUGACGCCCAAUAAACUUGUGUAAAAUAUA